AUGCACACAGUGGGUAGUGACGCUAGAAAAGCAGUUGCGGAUGGUUAUCCCGUAGAGCAAGUUAUAACUUCUGACUUGCAUCCUGAGUUCUGGGAUCUGGGACAUAAAUUCUUCAGGAGCACUCCGAAAACCUUCCCAGCGCGUUUCAUCUCUGCAGACAUCUUCCAACUGAAAGAUUUGGCAUACGAAGCCGUACGCACUCCCCCAAUCGAUCUCUCCACAGUCCAACUUUUAUCGGAGCUCAGAGGAAAUAUUUCUGCCCUUCAUGCAUCGGCCUUUUUUCAUCUCUUUGAUGAAGAAGGACAGUUCGAACUCGCCAAAAUUAUGGCGUCUCUACUGUCGUCCGCUCCGGGGUCUAUGAUAUUUGGAUCUCAUGGUAGUCGACCGGAGAAAGGUAUUCGAACAGAGGUCGCUUCGAAUAAGGGUUGGAGCAGCGACAUGUUUUGUCACUCACCUGAAAGCUGGCGAUCACUCUGGGAUGGAGGUGUAUUUCCCAAAGGCGCUGUUCGUGUCGACGUAUCUUUGCUUGAGACGGAACGCCCCGAUAUGGAGGCUAUAAAGAUAGAUCCGAGCGUCAAGUUAUAUCUUCUCGUAUGGUGCAUAACGGUUCUGUAG